UCUUCUUGACAUGCCUUUUCAAAAAAUGGACAUUAUUUUCUGUUGAAAACAUUUCUGUUGUCACAUUUUUGGAUUGCUGUUUUUCUUAUACAACAAGGUACACCCAGAUUUCAUUUUUCAUUUCUAUCAAUUAUAUAGAGAUACAUAAGGUACAAGCUUCCAUUUUCCACCCAGAAAGCAUUGGGGGCACAAACUUUUGCACUCACUGCAGCCAUUGAAAUGUAUUUUGCUGCAUUUCUCUGCUUGGCUGAAUUUAUUAAAAUAAAUCUACAGUCAUAGUCAGACAGUGAAAUGGAGUGAGUAUGAAAAGUGUCAGAAAGUGAUAGUGAGUGAUAGAGAACAAGAGAGAAAGAGAGAAAAGCCAAAGACUUCCUACAAAAGAAACUCAAACAUUUGCCCCUCCCUUCACUUUCUCUCUCUCUCGCCCUCUAAAAGUGCACAGUCGUGCGUCAGCGUGUACAGGUGAGGUGCGAGACCAAGCGAGAGUGUGUGAGAAAGUGUGUGUGUGGGAGCUGGUCCCAGCUGGUGCAGUCAGCAUGCUCAGGAGAAAGAGGAGUGUGUCUUUCGGGGGACUUGGAUGGAUCGACAAGCCCAGUGUUGCAGCUCUGAAAGCCAGGAAGCAAGAGCUGCUGACCAUCUCGAACGUUUCUCUGGGAGAAUGUCCACCAUCACCACCACGCACUGCGCCACCCACUAUGAAGUCUGCCGAGUUCUUCGACAUGCUGGAGAGGAUGCAGCUUCCUAAAUAUGAGGAAACUAAGAAGCACAAGGAUGACUACAUCCCGUACCCCCGGAUAGAAGACGUGCUGGAAAAGGGAGGACCUUACCCUCAAGUGAUCCUGCCCCAGUUCGGAGGUUACUGGAUCGAGGAUGCAGAGGCUCCUCUGGGCACCCCGACAUCCUCAGACAGUAGCUUCUGUGAGGAAGAGGACACUGAAGGCAUGGGACCUGGGGGAGAAGGAGGAGGAGGAGGCUUUGGAUACAGGCUGGAGAGCAACAGCACAGCACGAGCGUACCGCAAACACUUUCUCGGAAGAGAGCACAUGAACUAUUAUUGCACAGGCAGUAGUUUGGGAAACCUCAUUAUGUCUUUAAAGCAUGAGGAGGCUGAAGGUCAGGAAUUCCUUCGUAUUAUGCUCAGGUCAAAGACAAAAACACUUCAUGACAGGAUUCCACUGGAGGGACUGCACCAGCUGCCCAGUGUUCCUCAGAUAGCCAAGCUGCUUUGUGAUGAUGUCACAGGUCUGAAGUUUAAUCCCGUCCUUUACCCGAGGGCCUCUCAGCUGAUAGUCGGCUUCGACGAGCACGAAGUCAAUAACACCUUCAAGUUCGGGGUCAUAUAUCAGAAGUUUGGGCAGACGUCUGAAGAAGAGUUAUUUGGGAAUAACGAAGAGACGCCGGCAUUUGCCGAAUUUCUCAGUGUGUUGGGAGACAACAUUGAGCUGCAGGAUUUUAAAGGGUUCCGUGGUGGUCUGGACGUGUCUCAUGGACAAACAGGAACACAGUCAGUCUACACUGUUUUCCGAAACAGAGAAAUCAUGUUCCACGUAUCGACUAAACUUCCCUUCACAGAGGGAGACGUACAGCAGCUGCAGAGGAAGAGACACAUCGGGAACGACAUUGUUGCUGCGGUUUUCCAGGAAGAACCCACUCCAUUUGUACCUGACAUGAUCGCGUCUAACUUCCUCCAUGCCUAUGUGUUAGUGCAGGCUGAAAACCCCUGUACUGAUCACACCACCUACAAGGUUUCUGUUACGGCUCGAGAAGACGUCCCGCCGUUUGGCCCACCUCUACCAAAUCCUGCCGUUUUUAAAAAGGGUCCUGAGUUCCGUGAAUUUCUGCUCACAAAACUGAUCAACGCCGAGAACGCUUGCUACAAGUCUGACAAGUUUGCCAAGCUGGAGGGAAGGACGCGAGCAGCGCUCCUGGAUAAUCUGCAUGAUGAGCUGCACAGACAGACCCAGGCCACGAUGGGAGUGGGUCCGGUCACAGGGGAGGACAAACUGGAGAACGGAGGCCAUGGAGGUCUGCUGGAGUCCUUUAAGAGGGCCAUGCGGGUGAGGAGUCACUCCAUGGAGACGAUGGUGGGUUCUCACAAACACAAAGCUGCAGGAGGAGGUGUACCAUCCAGUAUGAGUGGAGGAGGGCUACCACAGAGCAGUGCUGAGUGCACAAAGAGUACCUUUACGCCUCCAGUUCUGUCAGCCAAGUCUCCUAUGAAGAGUCCAGUAAAACGACGCUCAGGCCUGUUUCCCAGGCUACACUCGAGCACAGAGAGCCCUACUGAGAGACAUCCACCCCGCAGUGAUCACAAAACAGUAGAUGUAUUUCCACACUCACAGGAAGUAAAGUCGGAGACUUCAUCUAAUCCAAGCUCACCCGAGAUCUGCCCAAACAAGGAAAGGCCAUUUGUGAAGCUGAAGGAGUGCAGCAGCCGAAGCAACAUCUCCCGCUCGUCCUCUAGCACCAGCAGCUUUAGCAGCACAGCUGGAGAGGGAGAUGGCCUGGAGGAGCUUGAUAUGACGGGAAAAGUAAAAUUUCACCUAAGUCAAACCUGAAGUUUCGUUUUUGACAAGCUGAACCACAUGACUACAGGGCAUUGAGAGAGACAGGAGCGACUACAGAGAAUGAGCAGGCAGUGUAGCUUAACUGGAGCCAAGAGACUUUCUGUCAAAGCGAGAAGGGACCAUCUGCUGUAAGCAACGCAACCACCUUCAUAACUGCUCUCCAACACACACCUUUAUAAACUGCACACAAACACACACACACGCAGAGUGGGCAAUGCCAAGAUGCCAAAGCAAGUCUUAACGGAAGAGAAGGCCACAAACAAGACUGGUUCAAGCCUACGAAAGGUUCACUUUGUGGUCAAAGCUGCUUCUCAUCACACAGGUAGCAGAUAAUGUGCAAAACAAUUUGCAUAAUAAUAAAUCGGUGCCACCAUUUUUUUUUGAUACAUCAAAAUUUGAGAAGAGGCAUGUGAUAUGUGUUGUGUUCCUUGUGGUGACAGUGGCUUCAUUCUUUUUUUAGUUUUAACUAUGUUAAUUGUGAUGGCUUAUAUGUAAUACAAAAUGAUGAAACACAAUGAUACACAACAAUAGCAAAGUUACGGCUGAGUCUAUUGCAAGCCAUAAUGCAAAUACAGUUGUUUUUUGUUUUUUUUUUAGCAACGUCUGUGGUGUAUAUACACUACUGGCCAAAUAUGAGAGUCUCUAUGUGUAGUGGCCUGGGAAAACCUUUUCCAUGAUGAAAUUUUGACAUUUUACUAUACAAUUCUGAAAACUUUCCUGAACUGAAAUAUCUUUCAAAUCGCAAGUAAGUUUCUAGCAUUUUAAAAUGUAGUUACCACCAAAAUUAAAACAUUUGAAAGAUUCUGGCAUCACGGACAUUUUAAUAGCCGCUUACCUCUUUUUGAUAUGGGACGUAGCUAUUCAAAAAUCUGAUCAAAGUGUGACAUUUCCUUGGCUAGCAAGGUUUUAGAUGUCAUUAGACAGGUUGACUGUUUUAACCAAUCAUGAUCUUUGCAGGAAGAAAGCCUAAAUUUAAAAGAAAUUAAAAACAUUUUAAAGUUGUUUUUGGUGAAAUAUAUGUAUAGUUUCUUGAAGUAGUGGUGCUCAAGUAUACUAUUGGCAGAACAUGCACAAGACAUGACAGCUAUAAAACAUAGAUUUUUUAUAAUAAUAUUUUUUUUUUGGGAUGUUUUCCAAACGUGCGAUGAACUCUCCCCAGCCACCACAUAUGCUUUUUUUUUUUUAAAUGUGCUACUUUAGUGAUUUUCAACUUCAACGUCUUGUAGUUUUUGCAUUAGUAACUUUCCAGUUUCUGUUUGUGACCAAGCCAACUGUAUGAGUCAAUGACUAAUACUCCAUAAUAGUUAUAUGUACACGAGACACUGCAAAACAUUAUUUAAACAUUCAGAACUUUUGUUCGUAUGUUUAUACAGAUUUCAAUUACUCCUGAAUAUCAGCCAUAUUACUGAUACUGACCUAUCCAUUGCAAACUUAAUGUGACAAUAUUCAUAAAAUAUUAUCCUUGGAUCAUUUUUUAUUUAGCAAAAUAAGAAUAGCCAAAACACUAGGGCACUAGGGUUUUGUUUUGUUUUUUUAAGCGUAAUUUUCUGGUAUAUCACUAAUGGAUUGAUAAAUAUGGUUGGACGUAAGACUGUUUUCUCCCAGUUGCUAUGUUCAGAAAUGAAGGCAGCCUCACUGAUUUGAGCAGUUGUAGGGGUUGUAGCAUUCAAAAUCUGCCAGUGCAAUAACAUGUCCAAACGAUAUUUCCUCAAAACUUAAGCUAAAUGUCCUGUCUCAUUUCCUACAGCCCAUCUUUGUGGAUGUGUGCUAUUAAUUUUUUACCUCAGUUCAAUAUAAUUAGCUUCCUUCACCCAACUACAACCUAAAUACAACUGAUUGAGUUGUUUGUUAGAGAUAAAAGAAUUUGGUUAUUAAAUGUGAAUUAUUUAGUUGAUGUGUCAUUAUACACAGAACAUCAUAUACUCAAAGGUCUAGCAAAACUAUUUAAAUAGCAGAUCACCAAUCACCAAUCGGUUAAUUCUGCAGCUCUAAUGGCAUAAAUAUUUUUUUUAAAUAAACAACCACAAGUGUGAAAGAAGAAAAUGCAUUUCUUGUAAAUUUCCACCCAGGUGGUUAUUCUUCUAGCACUAAAAUAUCAAUAUGAAAUCUAUAAGUUAAAUUUAAAUCGAAAUCAUUCUGAAAAUAAACACAUGAUUUUUAAAGGAAAUCCUAUUUGGUUAGCCAGCUAAUCGUAGAUAAGUUAGCUACCUGGUAAUAUUGGUUAGCUAGAUAAUAACAGCUAUGCUAGCUUAUGUUAGCUAGCUAAUCAACAUCCUUACUGAAAAAUCCAGCUGGUCUGAACAAACUGGAUUUUUCAGCAGGGAUUAACCACUGACAGAGAUAUUUUUAAGGGAGAUUAGAUUAUUAGAUUAGAUAAAUUAGAUAAUUGGCAAGGAAUUAGCUACACUAAUCAGAGGUUAAUGGUGGUUAACUGUAGCUAAAUUAUCUAGCAGUUAAUGUUAGUUAGCUAGCUAAUAUUAGGUAACAAUAGCUUAAUCAUGGUAAUGUUAGCUGGCUAACUAAGAAUAGCUGCACCAGAGGUUAAUGUUAAUUCACAGUAGCUAAAUUAGCUAAUAUUUAGUACAAUGCUUAUGCUAGCUAGCUAACCAACAUUAAGGGCUAACAGAGAUUUUUUAAGCUAAUAAAACGUGCUAAUACAAUUUUAAUAUUGCAGCAGAACGUCUAAGCGCACCUCUUCAUGCUAAUUCUAAGAAACAAUUACCUAACUGGCAAUUAUUUAGCUAGCUAAGAACUGCUACAUUCGUUGGAGGUUAAUGUUGGUUAUCUAACAAUAACUAAAUUAGCUAAUAUUUAAUGUUAGUAUGCCAUGCUAGCUAGCUAAGCAUCAUUAACCUCUAACAGAGAGUGUGUCUGAGUGAGGGAGUGUGUGUUUUCCAGAGCUCAAGCCUGAGAUCCCUCUCUGAAAAUACCAAGAAAAUAUCCCACCACUUAUUAUGCCUUAUUUCUAUCUCUAGACUCUCAUAAAGACAAAAAUCUUUUAUUUUAUUCAGUUAUAUCCCCUUGACUUGAAUUGUACAUAUGCCAAAAAUAUAGUUCCAGCACUCCGUUACUUUGUUCAAAUGUUAAAAAAAUAAUUGUGACUUGUGAAUGUGUGAUUUGAUUUUCAUUUCUAUAAAGAGCAAGCAAAAAAAGCACUUUCUGACGUGUGAGAAACUGAAACGUUUUCAGGUGAUAGGCUGUGAGUGAAAAAAACGUUGUACAGUGUACAGUUCUGUGCUAUCCACUGACACGCUUUACCUGUAGUGAGAGCUUAAAGCACGUGGCGUAUACCCGUCUGGAGCGGAGUGUGUUCUGGAGCAUUUCAGCAGAGAGUGUGUGUGGAGUAGCGCUGCUACUGCUCAGGAGUUUUAGUUUGAUACUGACAUAAUUUAUUGCUUUUAAACCUUGUUUCAAUGUCUGUAAAAUAGAAUUGCAGAGUAAACUGAAACGUAAAGAACUGCAGAUAAUUUAAAGAUUAUUCCUGUAUAUGUAUAUUUGGUUAUGUACUGUGCCAUUGAGAAUUUAUUAUGAAAUAAAAUGUUGUAUUUUGUGUCAAA